GUUCUGUGAAGUGAACCGUCCUGUUAAAGAGUCCUUGGGUUAAAAGAGUAUUGAGAAAGAAGAGUCAUUCUUUUCAGUUUUAUUGAUAGCAACAUCAGUAAUUGCAAAUAUACAAUAUAAUACGUUAAAAAAUGGUUAUUAAUGCAAGUACUUACUUAAAACCUAUAUCUACGUUACUAAAAGUAAAAUUAGAUAAUACCAAAAGUAAGAUACCAACUUCGGAGACGACAGUAAAAAUAUUUAAUUUGCUAAAAAAAUCCAACUCUCCAUUAGGUCCCCAAAAUCAAAUUGAAAAAAUCCAAAUACAACAGUGGAUUGAAUAUGCUCAAGUAUAUGGUGUUCAUGUUGAUAGUUCUUAUAAUGCAAAAAUUGUUUUAAAAGAACUUAAUAAUAUUUUAGCCCUCAAGACAUACUUAGUUUCACAUAGGUUAACAAUCGCUGACAUAUUAUUCUUUUAUAUGCUUUUAAGAGUAAUGGAAACUUUAUCGAAUCUUGACAAGGAAAAAUAUUUGAAUGUUUGCAGGUGGUUUGAUAAUAUACAAAAUGACACAUUAUUAAGAGAUAAUAAUAAAAUCAUAGAUUUUAGAUCUAAUUUCCUAGCUACAUUGGUACCAGCAAAACAUUAAAACAACUAAAAUAAGUAAUUUACAGAAUAAAAUUGUCUAACAUA